GACCACCUCGGGCCCGGCAGGGACGCCGGUGCUCGGGCGGCCCUUGCAAGGGUCCAGGAGGCCGGGUGCGCAGAAAUAGUGUCGCAAUCGCUGUACUUGCCAGUGCAACCUGGCGGCCUGCACCCUCGAGGCCAUGAGCCAGUGCCAGUGCCGCCAUGCUUGCGCAACUGCGCCAGCGCCGCGCCCGACCGUCAGUUGCGCGCCAUUCACUCGCAGCUGAACCAGCCGAAGAGCGCGAUGAUAGGCCUGGAGCACCCCUAUGAGCACCAGGAGCAGCUCGGCGAGGCAUUCAGUUUCGUGAACAAGGGGAAGGGCAAGGGCAAGCUGGACGCGCAGGCUUUCUUGCAGGGGAUGCACUACAUGAGCCAGCAGCUCCAGCCCGACCUGCUUGAGGGGCUGACCGCGCAGAUGGGCAUCUUCGCAGCUCAGGUGCGCUCAGCUGGGGGCAUGUUCGAGGGCUGA